AUGGAUGGGCGUCAAGAACGCUCUGAUGGAAGCACAUCAGCUACAUUAGUACAGCCAACUACACCACUCGGAGCUGUUCCACCAACUCCUGUUAUAAACAUGCCACCGCCUGCAAAGAGAAUAAAACAAGCCAAGCUCGAGUUUAACUGCGGUAAUGUAUAUGCAGCAGAAGCUCAGAUUAUCCUAGCCACUACAGCUCCUUUGAUGCUUGAACCUGCAAAUAGUGCAACAGAAUGUUCACAACUACUAGAAUCAUUAGCUCACCCUAUGCACUUAGAGAAGCCUCCUCAACCCAAGUCUCGUAAAAGGACAGUCGCAGAAAUGGCUGCUGAUGAAGCUCUUGCCGCAGAUGAGCAACGUUAUAUGCUCAUUUUGGAUGAACAACGUUCUGCGACCGUGGCCCGUGGGGCAGGAGGGGCCAAUGUUGCGGACGGUGCUGGCCAAGCAGGUGGUGGUUUUGAAGCACGGUUUGAGAAGUUUAAUGCUCUCGCAAAUAUCAGAAAAGAGCUCGCCGAAAAGGCAGCACAGAAAAAAUUACUAGAGCAGGAGGCCGAGCGAAAGUCCAAGGCUGAGCUAGAGGUUCAAAGAAGGCAGGAGCUGGCAGAGGCUCGGCAAAAGGAGGCAGAAAGACGUCAACUUAUGGCAGCGAGACAACAGCAACAGCAAGAAGCUCAAAGACGCGCGUUGGCUGCACAACAACAACAGCAGCAGCAGCAGCAUUCACAAGCCUUGCAAGGUAUACCUCCCCAAGCGCAAGGUCCCCAUGCACAUCCCUCUCAAGCAAACGGCAUUGUCUCGAAUGGUAUGCAGGCACAACGCUUCCACCCUCAUCAAGGUACCCAAGCCCAGAUGUCUUCACCAAUCGUCCGAAAUGGAACUCCGCAUAGCCAGGCAUCGCCAACAGUCAAUAAUGGUAUUGGUAACAACGCAAUGCAACACUCUACGUCGAGCAUGGGUGGUAGUCCUCCUCGUCCAGGUUCUGUGGUUCAUCAGAAUCAUCCUCAAAUGGGCGCACCCGCAGCUCAUGGCAUGGUACCUCAAAGAAGCCAGCAAAGCCAUGCAGGAACACCUCGAAUGCAUAAUGCCACCCCUAACAUGCAAUCUACUCCAUUAAACCGUGGACUGACGCCAAGGAUGAGCCAGGGGAGCCCCCUUCAAGGUGUUAUGGCGCAAGCACCUGCAAUGGCUCAAAUGGGAAUGAACCCGACUCAAAUGCAUGUCCAAGCUUUGGGUAAUCUCACACCUGUACAACAACAACAAUAUUAUAUGCAAUUACGAGCUCAACAACAAGCACAGCAGCAGCAGCAAGCUCAGAGCAUGGGAGUAAUGCCUAACGGGCAACAAAUGACUCCUCAGCAAAUAAUGCAGCAUCAACAGAUGCGGCACAUGCAAAUGCAAGCCAAUGCUAACAAUCCUAGCCAUCAAUUAUCUCAAAGCUACCAAAACCAAUUGGCUGCCAUGCGACAAGCUGGCAUGCCUCCUAACAUGAACCCAAAUCAACAAUUCAUGGGAAAUAAUAUGAACAUGCAGAACAUGCAGAAUUUGGCAAUGCAGCAGCAAAUGCAACAACAACAGCAACAACAAUUGCAAAUGCAACAACAACAGCAACAGCAGCAACCAUUGGCACAGCAGCAAAACGCUUUGAUACAACAAUACGUGAACAACAAUCAACCCCAGACCCAUCAACAUAUGGCCCAAUUAUACAAGCAGCUCCACGCUAGAGAGAUGUCGUCAGGUGCACACCCUCAAGGGCUGCCGGAACAAUUGAAGAAAAGAUUACAAGCGCAAGCGCAGGCUAUGGUAUUCCAAAACAUCAAAUCAAAGCUGCAGGCAGGUGUGCAACAAGGUUUCCAGCCGGGUAUGCAGAUGCAAAAUGGAAUGGGUAUGGCAAGACAACCAGGCAUGUAG